AUGACCAACCAACAUCAGCAAGAGCAGCAGCCGAAGGAGCAGAAGCAGCAGGCGAUUGCAAUUACUAUUCGGGACACAUGCACCACGUCUGAAGGAGUCACGGGCGAACGGAAAGUGAAGCUAAUCGUCAAUCGAUCGUCCCCGGCGUCCCCUCCGAUGGCCGACCCGAAUUUGGUGCCCCCCGGGCCGACCCACCCGACGGGGCCGAUGCUUCCCCAUGGCUCCCCUUUGCCAAUGCCGACAAUGGCGCAGAAAAUCACCGACAACCACAGCAGUCACCACUACCAGCUCCAGCAGCAACAGCAUCAACUUCAGCAACAACACUUCCAACAAUAUCACCAAGCCAUCCAGCCAACAUCGCAACAACAGCAGCAGCACGACGCGUUCAUGAUCGUCAGCAUUUGCCUUGGCUCGUUCAUCCUCAUCUUCGCAAUCGUGUACUUUGUAAGGAAAUUCUUUCAGGGAGGUCAGUUCAAGAACAAAGACAUUCGAUUGGAUGCGAAAGUAGUCAUCAUAACCGGAGCGAAUGCAGGAAUCGGAAAGGAAGCCGCCAUAGAAUGUGCCAAGCGAGGGGCACGUGUGUACAUGGGCUGUCGUGAUCCGGCCCGGAUGGAGAAGGCCCGCCAGGAGAUACUGGAUAAAUCGGGAAGUCAGAAUGUGUUCGGGCUCGAGCUUGACCUGGCCUCGUUCGAGUCGAUCCGAAGCUUCGUAAAGACGUUCCUAAGCAUGGAGCGGCGGCUGCACGUGCUGAUCAACAACGCGGGCGUAAUGGCCUGCCCGAAGAGCUACACCAAGGAAGGCUUCGAGAUGCACUUUGGCACGAACCACUUGGGCCACUUUCUGCUCACCAACCUGCUGCUGGACGUGCUGAAGCGGUCCGCCCCGAGCAGGAUCGUGACAGUCUCUAGUCUGGGCCACAAGUGGGGCCGCAUCAACAAGGAUGACAUCAACGCUGAGAAAGACUACGGCGAGUGGGACGCGUACACGCAAAGCAAGCUCUGCAACAUUCUCUUCUCGCGCCAUCUAUCCAAGCGACUGCAGGGCACGGGCGUCAACACGUACGCGCUACAUCCAGGCGCCAUCAACACUGAGCUGAUGCGACACCUAAACCCUUGCUUAAGAACCAUGGCUAAGCCUGUCUUCUGGGUGUUCUUCAAGACGCCCAAGUCGGGCGCCCAGACAACUUUGUACUGCGCCAUGGAACCCACGAUCGCAUCCCAAACGGGACUUUACUAUAGUGACUGCAAGCAGAAGGAACCGGAACCGCACGCAAAGGAUGACACCAUGGCAGAGUGGCUUUGGAACAUCAGCGAAAGGCUAACCGGGCUCACGAACUGA